ACUGAGCACACGUCGGGACUACCGACCUGAGAAAGCUUCAUUGCGCUACCAGACGUCCGUUAGAUUGAGUUUGCACUCUCAUUUUGUACUACGCGAGCUCAUUACAUUUCCGUAAAUGAGAAAACGUUGGUGCAUUGCAGAAUAAGCUUAGCGUUAAUUUUGAACUUUAUUAUAAACGGAGCUAAGAAAAGAUGGACGCAAAUCAAACUCUCUUGUCUCCACCAGCCUCGCCCCAGUUUAAGCACAUCGAGCCACUACAGUCGUCAUUCAGUGUCGCAGCUUUGUUAGGAGACAAGCUAUUGCAAAAGACGGCGAUGACCGCAAAGGCGGAGGUGGCGAAGGCGGCGGAGGAGGCGGCAAUGACGAUGGCAACCGAAGCGAAUGCGACAAAGCGCGAUCAUGAAAAUCCGCAACUAAACUUGCCUCUUACUCCUCAGCCCUCCGAUUCGGAGGAAGAUGAGCCGCCACGGAAACGACGUUACGUUGAACAAUGCGAAUUGGCCAAGUUGCUUCUUUAUGGAACACCACCGCCCAGUCCCGAGGCAACUCGAGUGUCAGUCAUAAUGCGCGCCAAUCGUGACGGAACUUGCAGUCCAGCCAGUAUACCUACGAAGCUGCCCGAUUCUUGCCCGUCUGAAUGGGUACCGAGUACGAUAAUACAGCAACGUACCGUAGAAAGCAACAGUAAGAGUUCGGACGUGCGUCCGAGCGGUAACUCGACGGAAGUAAACGUCUUGAAAAGUCUCAAGUUUAAAAUGAGCUUGAAAAAGGAGGAGAUAAUCGUGAAUAACAAGAAUACCGAUCGUGAGAUCGGUCAGACCAAGUUGCAACCACUUGCCCCAAAACCAGCACCAAUCAUGGUAACCGGAAUUUUAGGAUCAUCAUUGGUAUUACCACAGACUCCGUUAUUGUUGGUCACUGCGAGCACGUCAAAUCGAGCUAAUACCGUAGGAACAAGAGGAAAUGUUCACUGCAAUGAAUCAGCGGCACGAAGACGCGUCUAUGAAUGUGAAUAUCCUGGCUGCGGCAAAAAUUAUUUCAAAUCUUCUCAUCUGAAGGCACACAUGCGCACUCAUACCGGAGAACGUCCCUUUCCCUGUCCAUACGAGGACUGCAACAGACGUUUUUCACGCAGCGACGAACUCUCCAGACACAAAAGAACUCACACAGGAGAAAAAAAAUUUGCUUGUACGAUUUGCCAGAGAAGAUUCAUGAGGAGCGAUCACUUAGCCAAACACGUUAAACGUCAUACCAGGGAAAGGACUUCCUCCUCAUCUUCGAAUAGCAAUGGUAGUAAUCAAAUACAAACGGCAUCUGGUGUUAGGCUUAGUAUCUUGCCUGUUAUAGCACCAAGAAUAACACCGCCGGCUCAUCGAAUUCUACCGCCACAGCUUGCAGCCUGACAGCAGCAAAGUUGAUGUUUUGUUGGAAUACUUUUUACAAAAAAAAAGAAUCAAAGGGUAAAGAAACGUCGAAUAUGCGUUUCCUUCUUAUCCCUCAAAUGGAAGCUAUUUGCAGAUAGUGGUAACCUUUUCGGGUUACCUUCUUAAAGUUCAAAAAUCUGACGUCGAAAAAUCUUGUCGGAUAAUCUUUCUGACGUGCUUCUAAAAAUCUUUCAUUCGUGAAGGAAUUAUAAAAUAUGAGAAGAUGUACUUAAUGACGAAAGUCAGAGAAAUAUAGAAAGAGAGCGAAGUAGAGGAGAAGAGUAUUGAACCAAGUACCUAAGUGUGUCUGUGAUCUGUGAUCGUUGUCUUUGACUGAUCGUGAAAUAAAGAGUAUUUAUUU